UCCAUUAUUUUUGUUACAUAAAAAUGUGAACACUUCAAUGUUUUGGCUAAUUUGUAAAACCAAAAUAGUGCAUAAAUAUACAAAAUAAAUUAAAAGUUAUUAAUUAAAAUGGAGUACUUACGAACAGACGCGAUUUUUAUGGAAAUACUGCAGGAACGUAAAACCAUAACUGGGUUUCUAGAUGCGGUAUUUGGAUUUCUUCGCAGAAACACGGACUUCUAUCACGUUAAAACACAUCCGAAUGAAAAUGUUGGAUUUGCUAAAGGUGUACGCGAACGGCUACUAUUUGGCGCAAUGCAACGGUACGAUCCUAAGUGUAAGUUGAAUAAUUUAACUGCCGAUAGCAACGAAAACGAUGGCCUAUAUGCACCACCAGCUAUUGAAGAAGUUGAGGUAGAGACCGAGGAAAUACCGAUGGAACAUGAAGAGGAACCAAAUUCUGUGCAAACACAAAACAACGUAGAAUCUAUUACACCAAAAAGCAAUGCAAAAAAUGUCGAUUUCGCUGCCUCUGACUACAAAAAUGGCGCAUGCUUCACAGUAUACUGUUGGUCGCAAACAUUGGCCGAGGUGGAAUUACAUGUUAAAUUACCAACAGAUUUGCAAACUGCCAAAUUAAUUUGUAUAGAUAUUAAACGUGAUCGAAUUUCGGUGCACAGUCGAAAGGAACCAAAGAAUGUUGUUGUCAGUGGUCAAGUCUACGGUCAAUUCAAGCACAAUGAUGCAGUAUGGACAAUUACGGAAGGAAAGCUGACAGUAAGCUUAGAUAAAGGUAAAGAAGUGUGGUGGGAGAAAUUUUUCACUACAGAAGACACUAUUGACGUAAAAAAAAUUGAUUGUGAGCGUUAUAUUGAUGAACUGCCAGAGGAUUCUCAAGCGGCUAUACAAAAACUGCGUGUUCAACAAAUUGAGGAAGAUAUAAAUAAAGAGCAAGAAAUUAGCGAUUGUGAGAAAGAUACGAUGGAACGAUUACGAAUUGCAUGGAAUGCAGAGGGAUCUCCAUUUAAAGGACAACCAUUUGAUCCUUCAGUUGUUAAAUUUAGCUAAUGAUAGAUUUAAAUUGUAUUAGUAUAAAAAUAUUUAUUAAUGUUAAGUAAACUUUUACGCAUAAAUAAAUGUUAAUGAAAUGCAGUGUUUAAA